GUUUCCGAGGGUAAAAAAUGGGUUUCCGAGCCUUCGGAAACCUUUUUCGGCCGGUUUCCGGGAAUACCUUUUUUUUUAGAGUGUAGUACCAAUCAAUUCGUAUAUCUUUAACUAUUAACUAUCACUAAUCGAAAUUUCAUCAGUAGAACCAUUAUUAAUGGGGUACUAAAGAAAAAAUAAAUAAUCCAUGCAAAUUGAUUUAUCUAUUAUAUUCGCAUAUGUAAAUAUGCAUCAUUUAAAGAGUAAACGUAAACACUUUUAAUAGCAUGAGCCAACCAAUCAAAUAAGAAAUGUUUGAUGCAUAUCUUAUAGCGACGUCUUAUGACUAUUUAUUGUUUUCUUUUCGAUAUUCUUCCUUUCGCUAUUUUCUCAUUCGAUAUUUUCCUCAUUUUUUUUCUAUAUUUUUCCUUUCUUCCUUUUUCCAUUAUACCAUUUUAGUCAUUAAAUGGAUAUUUAAAUUUCAAUACUAAUUUUAAUACUCAGAAUUUAUAAAAUUUUUAUGAUACAAUUAAAUCUUUAAAUAAUUUUUGAAUUAUAAAUUGUCAUCAUAAAGAAUGUUGUACACUCUUCUCAAUACACGUACACCAAGGUUUUCUUUUCAUUCUGUCGUACGCAUAUAUAUAUACAUAUAUAUACGCAUACGACAGAACGAAAGGAAAAAGGAAAGAAAGAACAAAAAAGUUUUUCUUUCGGUAUUUUUUUUUAAUAUUUUUUGCUUCAAGUGUUUAUUUUCAGUCUUUUCUUAUUCAUAUCGUUUUUUCUUAUGAUGAUUUUCACCCUUCAUUACUCAUGCGAUACGACGCACAAACCAAAACACUUCCGAUACUUUGCUAUGAAAUAUUUCAUCGAAUAGAUCACAUACAUUAUAUGUUGUGUACCUUAUUUAGAUUACUGUUUCUGAAUUAAAACCAAUUUUUAAAUUAUCAUCUACUAUGAUAAUAAAAGUCUGUUAAUUAUGGCAUCAUUGCUUCGCCAAGUAAAAUUGCUAAAAAUGAAUAGUGUAUUCAAAUUUUUAACUUUCGUUUUUCUAAUUAUUAUUAUUUAUAUUAUUUAUUAUUCAAAAUGCACAUAAAAAUCACCUGGUAACAAAUGCUUAUCUCAAAGUAUAUCUGAUAAUCAAUAUUUACCACAAGAGACAUUUUCUACUAAAACAAUUAAUAAUAUCUCAACAGAAAAACCAAAUUAUGGUAGACCAAAUUUAGCUAAAUAUAUUCAUCUAGAUUUAAAAGGUGCACCACCAAAACCAAAUAAAUUUUAUGGAUCCUUUUUUAAUUUUCUUAAAGAUAUACAAAUGGGUGUAAAAGGUGUAUUAAUUGAAUAUGAAGAUAUACUUCCAUUAGAAGGAAAUUUUGUUGAUGUUAUUCAUCAAGCAGGUUAUAAAAAAUCUGAUAUAAAAUUAAUAGAAAAAGCUGCAAAAGAAAAUGAAAUUGAAAUAAUUCCACUUAUUCAAACAUUUGGUCAUUUAGAAUGGAUUCUUAAAUUAGAUAAAUUCAAAUCUUAUCGUGAUCAUCCUAAUUUACCAUUAGUUAUUUCACCAUGUCUUAAUGCUACUUAUGAUUUACUUCAAGAUCUUUUACAACAAACACUUGACAUGCAUCCUAAUAGUAAUAAAAUUCAUAUUGGUUGUGAUGAAGUUAUGUUACACAAUGUUCAUAAACAAUGUCAUGUAAAACAAAUGAAUAAAUCUGAAAGAUAUAUUGAUCAUAUUCGACGCAUUGUUAAUAUUGUUCAGAAAAUUCGACCGGGAAUUCGCGUACUUAUUUGGGAUGAUAUUCUUCGACAUGAUGAAUUUACUAAAAAUGAAAAAUUGCUUAGUCAACUAAAAGGUCUUGUUGAACCUGUUUCAUGGAAUUAUCUUCCAACAUUUUAUGAUUACUACAAAACUUUAUCUGCUUGGAAGAUUUAUCCAAAAUUCUUUGAUAAUAUUUGGGCUGCAAGUGCAUUCAAAGGUGGUGUUGAUCGUUUUUCAAUGACAACAAAUGCAACACAUCAUGUAUUAAAUAAUCGUCAAUGGCUUCAUUUUAUGCAAUCACCAACUUUUGAUGAAAAAUAUUUCUCGGCUAUCAUACUUACUGGUUGGUCAAGAUUUGAUCAUUUUAUGCCAUUAUGUGAUAUAUUACCAACAGCUUAUCCAUCACUUCUAUAUAGUUUACAUAUUUUAAAUACAGAUCAAUUUCUUGCCAAUGAUCCAUUUUAUGAUUGUGAGACUUUAUUGAAAUCAAUUGGUAAAUAUCACCACUUAUGUAAAACAUUGCCAGGUAUGUCGAUUUUUUCAAAUAUAUCAUCUUUAUCUAUGGUUGUUUCGAAAAUUCAAAAUCUUUUAAAACUGUUGUAUGAUACUUCACCCGAAUAUAAUCGAAACCGUUCAUUUGUACGUCGUUAUGAACUUGAUUCACAAUUAACUGAAUUAAAAGAUUUUGAAAAAGAAUUAUUAUCAACCAAAGAACAAUUAAAUCAUACUCUAUCAGAUCUUUAUUCACAAGAUGUUAUUGAUGAAUGGCUUGAUCUUUAUGUAACACCGAUACAAAAUCAAAUGUAUAAGGCAUACAUUGACUUUUCACCUGUAUUUAAUACGACAUCAUGGGGACGACGACCACUUAUCUAGUGAGAAAAUAUAUUGGUUUAGUUUAUAUUUUAUAAACAAAACUUGAAUAAUUUUUUAUUGGUUUUCAAAUAAUCAGUGAGGUUUCUACUACAGUUUUAAUUUCAAUCUUUUAGUUUUUAAAAAAACAAUAAAUGACGCUAUUCAAAAUUUGAAAUAUUCAGGUAUUAUUUGUAUCAAUAUAAUCAAGUGAUAUUUGUCGUGACUGAUAAUUAUGAAGAUAGAAAUUUGUAGUAAAUUACUAAUGGUUAAAGUCAAUUUGUUUGAAAUAGAGAAAAUCGUGAGUAUCUCAUUUCAUCUACUU